AUGGCUCGAACCAAACAGUCUGCACGAAAAAAUGCCUCUCUCUGUACACCACCCUCUUCAUCGUCCUCAUACCAAUCCAGAGAGCGUUCUCCCUCUCCACCACCUCGCCCUUCACCACCACACUCAUCUUCCGCCUCUCCAUCUCCUCAAAACAGUCAAGAAGUUCUAAAUCUCAUGCCUCUUUUUCCACCAAAAAUUUAUCUCAUAUGCGCAACACCGCCUCUGCUCCAACAACUACUCUUCCAUCCUGUCCCAUCUCUCUCUUCUUCUCCUUCCACUGAUCCCAAGGCAAUAUCAGACAAAACUCCUACACCAGAACGUUCUCCACCCCCUCCAGAACGUUCUCCAGAACAUAUCCCAUCACAUCCCACUCUUUUUGCUCAAACGUCUGGCACUAUCCCUUCACAUAUUCCCUCUUAUUCUCAACCACCUCACUGCCCUACACAUUACUUUAGUACUCUCUUAUCUAAUCCUCUUCUGUCUACCAUAUCUCCACUAUUUGUUUCACCACAGAAAACCAGUUCUUCCAUUUUUGGCAUAAGUCAGUUUUUGAACUUUCCCGCUCCUGCUGACCACUCUACCUCAUCUGUUGGCCCUCUACCAUCUAUUUCAUCUUCUUUUGCCUCUCUCCCAUCCUUAUCUGCCAUGCCUAUUCCCUCCAACACAGUUGUUGCUGCCUCUUCUCAACCCUCCGCUCACCUUCCCUCCACUUCCACCUUAGCUGGACCCUCAAACUCUGAUAUCAUGGCCGCUCUCCAGAUCAUCAUGACAAGACAAAUUCAGCAUGAUCAAGAGACUGCUCUACUCAGAACUUGGAUGGCUGAUCAUCUUGCUCCCAAGCUGGGAAUUCCACCUCCGCCUCCUCAUCCGGUGCCUCCUCCCUCUCAGAUCCCUCCUGCUGGAAAAUCCUCCUCCUCCGAAGGAUCUUCUCCCUCCCUAGCAUCUUAG